AUGCUCUUUUUUCUAAUUCUUUAUAUGAACGUUGUUCACCUCGCCCCCUUCUCUGCUUCCCAUGGCGACGGUGGAGUCCCGCUAGCCAGCUCGCCCUUUGCGCCCGUCGGCAAGUUCAAGACGCACGAAACCCUUGAUCUUAGCUACUCCGUGGAGCCGAGCUCCAAAUGGCAAGAGAUGACCCGAUACAAUAGCUUUGUCCUAAAUGGUGCCAAGUACUUUAGCGAAGGGUUCAUUUACGUCGCCAACGACGCGAGUAUCGAGCGACAGCAGGAACCGGCGGGCAAGACUUCGCCGAGGAGAAGGACCGAGGAUGAGUGGGUUGCCCGAAUCUUAGAGAUCCGAGCUAGCGAUGAGCAUCACGUCUACGCCCGUGUCUACUGGAUGUACUGGCCAGACGAGCUUCCCGCUGGCACGACGGACGGGCGCAAAUAUGUCCAGGGCAGGUUGCCGUAUCACGGUGCCCAUGAGUUGAUCGCGUCGAAUCACAUGGACAUCAUCAACGUGGUCAGCGUUACGGCGAUGGCGCACGUUAACCACUGGGUUGAGGAGAACGAUGAUGAGAUCCAGAAUGCCCUGUAUUGGCGGCAGGCUUUUGACUUUAGGAAUUUGGAGCUUUCGAGUGUUGAACCUGUUUGCAAAUGCGGCCAACCCGAGCACCCCGACAAGACCUUAGUGGGCUGCUCGAACGAGGUGUGUGGAAAGUGGCUCCAUGACGACUGCCUCAUCCACGACGCGUUGAUGCGUGCAUAUGAGCGACUCGGCAAAGAUCAACCCUACAUCCCUGUAGGCGAAGGCGCGAAGAAGGUGGAAGACGACAGUGACGGCACCAAGAACCCGCCCCUUAGCCCUACGGAGACGGGCAUCAACGAGACGCAACAAACGAUCGAUGUCAAAGCCGACGUGCAAGAAAAGCCCGACGUAACGGCACUCCCCGACGAAAAGAUUGAAUCGACCCCAGAAGUAGCGGCAGGCGAGGUGGCGGCGAAGGGGGAUACUCCCGGGAAGAAGAAGAGGGUCAAGGCGACCAACGGCUUCAGCGCGCGCGAGAAGGCCAUCAAGCCCUAUCUCGGAUUAUUCAGUGGAUCGCUAAAGAUGGAUUCGAGCCCGCCCGAGGUGGAGAUUGUCGACCUGCGCGAUAAUGUCAAGGGCGGUCUAACCACCUGGACGGAGCCCUCAAAUGCCUCAUCUGCGAUACCCCGAUCAACUAGAAUUGCGAGGCCGAGCCCUCCGACGGACAGCCAGGCGCUGUCAGCUCCUCGUAAUCUUCUUAGGACAUCGCCUUACCAUACCGCCUUCAAGCCUUCCGAGACGGUCAUUCCAUCAUUCCAUCACUUCGCGACCGUUUCGCUCACCCUUCGCUUAGAACGCCCUCUGAUCUCGCCUAACAAAAUGGCUUCUCAAGACCCUUUCGACUCGGCGCUCGACCUCCUCCGACGUCUCGACCCGAAGCACACGACAACCCAUCUCAACAACAUCAUCUCCCUCGCUCCAGACCUGACCGAAGACCUCCUCUCCUCCGUCGACCAGCCCCUCACCAUCAAGCGCUGCCGCCAGACCGGACGCGACUACCUGCUCUGCGACUACAACCGCGACGGCGACUCCAGCGAGGGCGCCGGAGAGGGUGCCGUCCCGAGCGAAAGGGUCCGCGCCAUGGAGAUCAAGGCGAAUGACGCCUUUGACGUCUAUAGGGAGCUUUAUUACGAGGGUGGUGUGAGCAGUGUCUACUUUUGGAACUUGGACGAUGGCUUCGCGGGAGUGGUGCUCCUAAAGAAAGCUUCCCUCUGGCGGCGGUACCUCCAAGGAGUCUGGGACUCCAUUCACGUCUUCGAGGCUAUCGAACGUGGUCGAACGACUCACUACAAGCUCACAUCUACCGUCAUCCUGCAUCUUUCUACCGCAUCUGGUGGCGCCUCUUCCGACAUGGAUCUCAGUGGCAACAUGACCCGCCAGGUCGAGCAGGAACUUCCCGUUGAAUCUGAUGACUCGCACAUUGCCAACGUCGGACGACUUGUCGAGGAUAUGGAACUCAAGAUGCGCAAUCUACUCCAGGAAGUCUACUUUGGCAAGGCCAAGGACGUCGUCGCGGACCUGAGGAGCUUGGGUAGUCUGAGUGAGGGAGCGAAGGAUCGGGAAGCGCAAAAGGAGAUUAUCGGGAGCAUGAGGAGGUAA